GAUGAAGUUCCUGGCUCUGUGCUUGUUCCUGCUCUUCGCCCUGGUGGCCGUACAGGCUGCUCCCGGUGGCUUUGGAGGACAUGGUGGCGGCGGUGGCGGUGGAUACGGCGGUGGCGGUGCCUCUGCUAAUGCCAACGCAAACGCUCAGGCCACUGCUGAUGGCCGUGGAGGACCAGCCUCGGCUACGGCCAAUGCACAAGCUAGCGCAGUUUCAAGCGGAGGCGGUGGUGGCGGUGGCCACUACCGGGGUUAAGCGAUUUGCCCCUGCGAGGACUUAAAUAUGGAAUCCCAAAAGAUGGAAAAAGUAGGCACGUCUUCUGACGAGCCUUCUUCAUUAAAACGAUACCCACAAAAUGUUCAAAUAAACUUAUGUUUACGGAAACAAAA